AAAGUUUUCCUGCUGGGAGAGUCUUUUUGAUCAUUUCCCAUGUGUUGUCAGAUAGCGCCAUAGAAUUCAGUUUCUGAGAACCAGCCAGAAGCAUGCAGUGACAUUGCACAAUCUGCUUCUGAAGCUGGAGAUAUUAGCUGUAGAGCUCAGGGGAGCUGCUCCACAUCACCGACAUGAAGGGAACAGGCAUCAUGGACUGUGCGCCCAAGGCACUCCUGGCCAGGGCACUUUAUGACAACUGCCCUGACUGCUCCGAUGAGCUGGCUUUCAGCAGAGGGGACAUCCUGACCAUUCUGGAGCAACAUGUGCCAGAAAGUGAGGGUUGGUGGAAGUGUUUGCUCCACGGGAGGCAAGGCCUGGCCCCUGCCAACCGCCUCCAAAUCCUCACGGAGGUCGCUGCAGACAGGCCGUGCCCCCCACUCCUGAGAGGCCUGGAAGAAGCUCCUGCCAGCUCAGAGGAGACCUAUCAGGUGCCCACUCUACCCCGCCCUCCCACUCCAGGCCCCGUUUAUGAGCACAUGAGGAGUUGGGUGGAGGGGCCCCGGCCCCCUACUGCCCAAGUCUAUGAAUUCCCCGACCCUCCCACCAGUGCCAGAAUCAUCUGUGAAAAGACUCUCAGCUUUCCAAAACAGGCCAUCCUCACACUUCCCAGACCUGCCCGGGCCUCACUGCCAACUCUGCCUUUCCAGGUGUAUGACGUGCCUACCCAGCACCGGGGCCCCGUGGUCCUGAAGGAGCCAGAGAAGCAGCAGUUAUACGACAUACCAGCCAGCCCCAAGAAGGCAGGACUCCAUCCCCCAGCCAGCCAAGCAAGUGGGCAGGGUGUUCCCCUGAUCUCAGUGACUACCUUAAGAAGAGGCGGCUACAGCACAUUACCAAAUCCUCAGAAAUCAGAAUGGAUUUAUGACACUCCCGUGUCUCCAGGAAAGGCCAGCUUGAGAAAUACGCCUCUCACCAGCUUUGCGGAAGAAUCAAGGCCCCACGCUCUCCCCAGUUCCAGCUCGACUUUCCACAAUCCUCCAAGUGGCAGAUCCAGGUCCCUCACUCCACAACUGAAUAACAAUGUGCCCAUGCAGAAAAAACUCAGCCUUCCAGAAAUUCCUUCUUAUGGCUUUCUUGUACCCAGAGACACAUUUCCUUUGGAUGAAGAUGUCAGCUACAAGGUUCCUUCAAGCUUUCUGAUUCCCCAAGUGGAACAGCAGAACACCAAGCCCAAUAUUUAUGACAUCCCUAAAGCAAUGUCGAGUGUUUCUCAGGCUGGGAAGGUGCUGGAGAAAGCCAAGGAGGUGUCAGAGAAUUCCACGGGCCAUAAUUCCUCAUGGUUCUCCAGACGGACAACUUCCUCAUCUCCUGAACCGGACAGAUUAUCAGGUUCCAGUUCUGACAGCAGAGCUAGCGUCGUUUCUUCGUGCUCCACCACAUCCACCGACGACUCCUCCAGCUCUUCCUCGGAGGAGUCAGCAAAGGAGCUCUCCUUGGACCUGGAUGUGGCCAAGGAGACAGUGAUGGCUCUGCAGCACAAGGUGGUCAGCUCUGUCGCUGGCCUGAUGCUCUUUGUCAGUAGGAAGUGGAGAUUCCGAGACUAUCUGGAGGCCAACAUUGAUGCAAUCCACAGGUCCACUGAUCACAUAGAAGAAUCUGUAAGAGAAUUUCUGGAUUUUGCCCGAGGGGUCCAUGGGACUGCCUGUAACCUCACUGACAGUAACCUUCAGAACAGAAUUCGGGACCAGAUGCAGACAAUCUCCAACUCCUACCGCAUCCUGCUUGAAACAAAGGAAAGCUUGGAUAAUCGCAAUUGGCCUCUGGAAGUUCUUGUGACUGACAAUGUCCAGAACAGCCCAGAUGACCUUGAGAGGUUUGUCAUGGUGGCACGGAUGCUUCCAGAAGACAUCAAGAGGUUUGCCUCCAUUGUCAUUGCUAAUGGAAGGCUCCUUUUUAAGGGGAACUGUGAAAAGGAAGAGACUGUGCAGUUGACCCGAAAUGCAGAAUUUAAGUGUGAAAAAUGCAUCCAGCCUCCCCAAAGAGAAACUGAAUCACACCAAAAGAGUACCCCUUCCACUAAGCAAAGGGAAGAUGAACACUCUUCUGAACUAUUAAAGAAAAAUAGAGCAAAUAUCUGUGGACAGAAUCCUGGCCCUCUUAUACCCCAGCCUUCGAGUCAACAGACUCCUGAGGGGAAACCCCGCUUAUCUGAACACUGCCGGCUGUACUUUGGGGCACUCUUCAAAGCCAUCAGCGCAUUUCACGGCAGCCUCAGCAGCAGCCAGCCCGCGGAAAUCAUCACUCAGAGCAAGCUGGUCAUCAUGGUGGGACAGAAGCUGGUGGACACGCUGUGCAUGGAGACCCAGGAGAGGGACGUGCGCAACGAGAUCCUCCGCGGCAGCAGUCACCUCUGCAGCCUGCUCAAGGACGUAGCGCUGGCCACUAAGAAUGCUGUGCUCAGGUACCCCAGCCCUGCUGCGCUGGGGCACCUCCGGGCGGAGGCUGAGAAGCUGGAACAACACACGCGGCAGUUCAGAGGGACACUGGGAUGAGGACUGUCUACCUCCCUUCCUCCUCUGCUCACCUCUCAGCUUCACACCCACAACUUAUGCAACUCUGUCCUAUGGGAAAAGCCAGCUGGGGCAUACACCGAUGAGCUGAAACAGACCUGGUGCCCAAAGCUGGUAGUACCAAGUGGCUAAGCAACCCCAGGGCGUUGACUUACCCGGCAGGGGGUCAGGAAAGAGAGUCAGGUAUGAGGUAAAGACCUUGUGAAGUUUAGCAUAUAUGGAGUAUGCAGUAUCAGCUUGAAGUGACUUUGUAGAAAUAAUAUUUUAUAUUGAUUAAAU